AUGAGUAGUUCAGGAGAUCGUUUUACAGAUAUCGAACUAGAAAAUAAACGUUUACCAGCAUGUUUUGGCUAUAUUACUUGGAAAUUAUUAUCUCUUGAAGAAGCGAUGAAAGAAUUGCAAGAUUCUUUCGAAGAAAUGAAUCGUUUUGUUAAAUUAGCUAAAAAAUAUUGUACUUAUCCAAAUGAUCAUAACUUAACAAAAGAUGAAUCUGCUGCAAUUUAUAUUUAUACGAUGGAAAUGUCUCAUGAUUCAAGUGUUUAUCGUACUUUAAAUCAAACACUUCGUGCUGAAGAUCGAUCAAAAGUUCUUCCAUGGUUUGGAUAUUUAAAACUUCUAGAUUCUGCAACAUCAAAAUUACCAAAUUUUAAAGGAAUUGUUUGGCGUGGUAUUGAUAAAGAUGUUACUAUGAAUUUUAAAAAAGGUCAACAAAUUACUUGGUGGAGUAUAAGUUCAUGUACAACAUCUGUUGAUGUUAUUUCUACAUUUCUUAAAAAAUCUUCUUCAAGUACAUUAUUUAAUAUUGAAUGUUUAAAUGGAAAAUCCAUUUCAUCAUUUACAUGUUAUCCAAAUGAAGAUGAAGUUAUUUUAAUGCCUGGAACAAUAUUUGAAGUUGUAUCGAAUCCAUUAAAUCACCCAGGUGGAUUAAAUAUUAUUCAUUUAAAAGAAAUUACUGAUGAUGAUGAACCACUAAAUCCAAAACGAAUUCUAACAAAAAAGAAUAAAUUGGAACAAUUUGCAGAUACGGUCGCUGGAGGAAAUGGAGAAGGACAUCGAUUAAAUCAGCUCUAUUGUCCGCAAGGAAUCUGUAUUGAUAGUGAUAAAUCAAUUUAUAUUACUGAACCUAACAAUCAGCGUGUUGUUAAAUGGAAAUUUAAUUCAAAUUCUGGUCAAAUCAUUGCAGGUGGAAAUGGUAAAGGAAAUCAAAGUAAUCAAUUGAAUUUCCCAUCAGAUAUAAUUAUUGACAAAAAAAAUAAUUCUUUUAUUGUUUCUGAUUUCGAAAACAAACGAGUAAUUCGAUAUUUUGAUCAAAAUCAUACAAAUCAACAAAUUCUUAUUUCAAAUAUUAACUGCUGGGGUCUGACAAUCGAUAAAAAUGGAUUUAUUUAUGUUUCUGAUUGUGUGAAUAAUGAAGUAAGACGAUGGAAAGAAGGAGAUAAAGAAGGUGAAUUAGUUGCAGGUGGAAAUGGUGAAGGAAAUCAUCUUAAUCAAUUUCAAAAUCCCCGUUAUAUCUAUAUUGAUGACGAUUAUUCUCUUUAUAUAUCAGAUGUUAGCAAUCAUCGUGUCAUGAAAUGGAAAAAAGAUGCAAAAGAAGGAAUUAUUGUUGCUGGUGGAAAUGGUAAAGGAAAUAGUCUCAAACAAUUGUAUCAUCCUCAUGGAGUGUUUGUUGAUCAUUUGGGUCAAAUCUAUGUAGCAGAUGCUUGUAAUCAUCGAGUCAUGCGUUGGUGUGAAGGAGAUAUAAAAGGGGAAAUUGUUGCUGGUGGAAAUGGUGAAGGAAAUCAAUCAAA